UCCCGGUCGAUCCGAUCCCAAUAAUCGUCCGUGAAGUAGAUGCAACCCGGUCUGCAAUUCGGAUGCUCCGACCCAAACAAGGAAACCGAGUGGUUCCCCCCGAGAAACAGCACCCGACCGUCCAAAGAUUUCACUUCCUCCCACGUUUCCGUCCUCAGUUCUCUCCGAAAAACACGGAACCCCAUCGUUUUGUACGGACACACCGUCCCUACCGUCUCGUCUCCUUCGUGCAUUGCCUCUUCGUACACGGCUCUCCCGUCCCGAGUCACAAACUCGCCGAUGUACCUCACAACGAAAAACAUCUCCCCGGAUUUACAGGGAACCAAGUACCACUUUGUCGCGUAGAGGUCCUCAGGGAAGUCCUCCCUGGCUUGGAGCAGCCCUGUGGGGUACGACGGCCGGAGAAUUCCCCUUUUCCUCAAAUUAGACGAAUCCCACCGCUGGACGGAUGCGUUGACCCCCAAGGCGAACACGGAACCGGUCGAGCAAGAAACGUCGUAGUGGGGCCCGCCCCGGAUUUUCCUCCACUGCUUGUCCCCGUUCCUGCAGCACGCGAUUCGCGGAUUCUCGCCGUGCAGAACGAAGACGACGAAGUCUUUGUUGGUGCUGGGAUUCGCGGAGAGGACGGCUUUUCGGAUGGAGAGAAGAGGGAAGGAGGAUGUGUCGGGGAGAGGGAUUUGGGAUUGGUCGGAGGGGUUGAGGAGGGAGAGUUGGGAGGUUUGGUGGGAGAGGAGGAUGAGCCAUCCAUGGGAGGAACCGACAGUGGUGGUGGUUUUGGGGAUGUUUGUUGCAGGGUUGGUGAAGAUGGUGUUCUUGUCUGGGCUUAUGAAUGUUGUUUGUUGAUUCAGUGAAAGCAUCAGCAGGGGAGAGGAAGAAGAAGAAGCCAUUACAGAAAGAUUGCAGUGAUUGAUUCUCAUGCAAUUACAGUGGACUCAUCUCGUACGUGCUUAUGUAUCCCGAGUGGAUGAAAAGAGGUUUCCUAAAUCCUGAUGCAAUUAGGAAGAGGAAAGAGGUUAGUCGUUUGACUCCUUUCCUAAAUCCUGAUGCGAUUAGGAGUUAUACCAUUUUCCAGUUGGAACUUUUUUGGUGAAAUUAAGCUAGACCCCAGUG